AUGGCAAGUAGUUGUUACAGAAGAUAUAAAGAACUUAGUGGACCUAUUAAUUGGAUUUAAUUUUAUAUGGAAACUGAAGCAAAAUAAUAUGUAAUUUGUGUAAAAGGCCAUCAUGGUUUGGUAAUAUAAAUAGAUGAAACUACAAUUUUAGAUAUAGAAACAGAGAAAUUAUUUGGGAUUAAUUUUUAAUAAUAGAAAAAGGAAUUCCUAAACAAUAAUAAAUUAAAGCUGAUAAGAUUUCUUUAAAACCAUGGGCUUCUAAUAUUAAAGAACCUUCUUCUUAUAAUAAAGAUUCAAUAAAUUAAAAUACAUUACUAUGAAUAGAUCUAGAAUGAGAACAUGCAUUUAGUUUUUGAGGAAAUGAUUGUAAAAAUAAUAUUAGGUUUUUAAAUCCUAGGAAUAUUUUCUAUCAUACUGCCUAAUAGGCAUAGUUAUGGAUAUAUAGGUAAACUAACAGAAGAUUUUUGA